AUAGAAAAAAGGUAGAAGAAAUCCACCUAGGACGCACAUAGUAAGGUGUGAUUCAGCAACAACAGCACACAAAGACACAGACACAGAUUGUUAUCCCAACGUUUUAUCCUUUCAGCUUUAAGCUCACCGAACUAACUCAGCAUUCAACAACAAUGGUGAUGCUCAUCCGUUGCUCUUGCUUCUUCGCUCGCCCUCGCUUCUCACAACCUCAAUUCUACGGCAACAACACCAAACCCUUACUCCCAGGGAAAUUAGCUUUUCUUUCUCUAAAACCUGACAAGGGUGUUCCACACUUUGAAGAUACGCUUGAUGGGUCUUCUAAGAUUUCAUGUUUGCUGCACUGCUCAAAGUGUAAGGAAGACAUACACCAAAGGUUCCCAUCACUGAUAUUUGUUGCGAGCAAUGUUUUGAUGUUCUCUAUGCCUAACACAGCUUUGGCUGAAACGUGUGAGGCUGAUAACUCUGUUUUCAAUAUGCCUAUACUGCUGGCAGUAGCACUCAUUGGAGCCACAGUUGGAGGGUUGCUUGCUCGACAAAGAAGGAAUGAAUUACAGCGGGUAAACGAGCAAUUGAUCCAAAUCAAUGCAGCUUUACGGAAGCAAGCCAAAAUUGAGUCCUAUGCACCUAGUUUGAGUUAUGCUCCCAUUGGUGGUGGUAGGAUACUUGAUAAUGAAAUUAUUGUUGACCCAAAGAAGCAAGAGCUAAUUUCUAAGUUGAAAAAUGGAAAGAACUUUCUAAGGAAUCAACAACCAGAUAAAGCAUUCACGGAGUUUAAGAAUGCACUUGAGCUUGCCCAGAAUCUGAAGGAUCCUAUUGAAGAGAAAAAAGCUGCUAGAGGCCUAGGAGCCUCACUGCAAAGACAGGGAAAGUACCGAGACGCUAUUAAAUACCAUUCUAUGGUUUUGGGCAUCUCGGAACGGGAAGGAGAGGACUCAGGCAGUACAGAAGCAUUUGGUGCAAUUGCUGAUUGUUACACUGAGCUUGGAGAGCUUGAGAAAGCAGGCCAAUUCUAUGACAAGUAUAUUGCAAGACUGGAAAAGGACUAAUCUUUACACCGUUUAACAUUUCUUGAAAGAAAUAACCAGUGUUGGAUUACUAGACUUUCAUCAUGGCUUGUCACCAUCUGUUUCAUGCGGAUUUUCCCUUUCCUUUCUGAUCCUCUCUAUGGAACUUCAGAUUAUUCAGUUCCUAUUUAUUUUUAGGUUGGAAAUGCUCAAAGCUAUAUGUAUUUCCAAGAUUGUGUAAUGUUAGUCCUUUAGACGAGCAAGGGAAAUAUUUGUGUUUAUCGGCAUCUACACUUCUAUUGUGUUUCUCUUACACCAGUAUAUUUAAACCCAUGCCACGCGCGCCCAUUAUCAAAACAUUAACAAAUUAUCAUUUCGCUAUUA